GCGCCGCCGAGGUCGCCAUCUUCACCCUCUCCUCCUCCUCGGAACCUCCCGGCCGGGCUCGCAGGCGCGGGAGGCGCCUGCGCCGAGCGCCCCGGCUGCGCGUCACGCCGGGCGGCAGCGGCCUCCUCCGCGGCUCUGCCUUCCCCUCCGCCCCGGCGCGGCGGGAGGGGCGCGGGGCAGCAGGGGACGGAGGUGCCGGGGCGCGGCGCGCAGACAAAGGAGCGGGCGCCGCCGUGGGCAGCGGAGAACGCGAGGUCCUGUGAUACUGAGCUGCGAAGUUGGAUAUGCAUUAAACUGGCUUUGCAAAGAACAAUGAUGCAAAGAAAUGAUGUACUAGAAAAUACAUGCAUCAGUAAACAGGAUGAUGUUUCUCCAUUUAACUUCUGUAGGUCAGCAUUAGUUCAUGUAACACUAGAGACCAAAGGAGUAUACAUAACAUUUCUGUGGUGCUGGGACCAACCUUCUGAAGGAAGAAUCUAAAAUAACUUAUUGCCUUCAAGUUGUUUGUCCUGGAACUGGCUUGUCUUUGGAGAAGAACUCAAGAGAGAAAAGAUUUUCACAUUGGAACCAUUUUAAAUAACCUAUUUAAAGAACUUCCUACCUGGAUACAGAGGUUGAGUCCUGCUUUUCAUCUGCAUUCCCACCUCAGAUUGUAAACAAUGAGUGAGUUUUGGUUGUGUUUCAACUGCUGUAUUGCUGAACAGCCUCAACCUAAAAGACGACGACGGAUUGACCGAAGCAUGAUUGGGGAGCCAACAAACUUUGUUCACACAGCUCAUGUUGGAUCAGGAGACCUGUUCAGUGGAAUGAAUUCGACUAUACCCCUGCUUGCCCUCUCCUUUGCCUUGCAUCAUAUCCAUUUCAUCUCCAGAGAGCAGGUCAGCUCAAUUCAGAACCAAAUGCAGUCCAAGGGGGGAUAUGGAGGUGGCAUGUCUGCAAAUGUUCAGAUGCAGCUUGUAGAUACAAAGGCAGGAUAACCCUAGGGAAACCUU